CUUAUAUAGAACAUAAAGCUUAUAUAGAACAUAAAGCUUAUAUAGAACAUAAAGCUCAUAUAGAACAUAAAGCUUAUAUAGAACAUAAAGCUUAUAUAGAACAUAAAGCUCAUACAGAACAUAAAGCUCAUACAGAACAUAGAGCUCAUAUAGAACAUAGAGCUUAUACAGAACAUAAAGCUCAUACAGAACAUAAAGCUCAUAUAGAACAAAGAGCUUAUAUAGAACAUAAAGCUCAUACAGAACAUAAAGCUCAUAUAGAACAUAGAGCUCAUAUAGAACAUAAAGCUCAUACAGAACCUAAAGCUCAUAUAGAACAUACAGCUCAUAUAGAACAUAAAGCUCAUACAGAACCUAAAGCUCAUAUAGAACCUCAUACAGAACAUAAAGCUCAUAUAGAACAUAAAGCUUAUAUAGAACAUAAAGCUUAUAUAGAACAUAAAGCUUAUAUAGAACAUAAAGCUCAUAUAGAACAUAAAGCUUAUAUAGAACAUAAAGCUUAUAUAGAACAUAAAGCUCAUACAGAACAUAAAGCUCAUACAGAACAUAGAGCUCAUAUAGAACAUAGAGCUUAUACAGAACAUAAAGCUCAUACAGAACAUAAAGCUCAUAUAGAACAUAGAGCUUAUAUAGAACAUAAAGCUCAUACAGAACAUAAAGCUCAUAUAGAACAUAGAGCUUAUACAGAACAUAAAGCUCAUACAGAACAUAAAGCUCAUAUAGAACAUAGAGCUUAUAUAGAACAUAAAGCUCAUACAGAACAUAAAGCUCAUAUAGAACAUAGAGCUUAUAUAGAACGUAAAGCUCAUAUAGAACAUAGAGCUUAUACAGAACAUAAAGCUCAUACAGAACCUAAAGCUCAUAUAGAACAUAGAGCUUAUAUAGAACGUAAAGCUCAUAUAGAACAUAGAGCUUAUACAGAACAUAAAGCUCAUACAGAACCUAAAGCUCAUAUAGAACAUAAAGCUUAUAUAGAACAUAAAGCUCAUACAGAAUCUAAAGCUCAUACAGAACAUAAAGCUCAUAUAGAAC